GUAAAGCACGUUACAAGGCAUAUUCACUGAUCAGUCCUGCGCAAGUCUUGCUGCCUAGAGAUUUUAUACCAUUGAUUAGUGAGAUCAUCAUGGUUGUCAAUCUGAUAGCAUCAGCUGCUCGGAAGUAUUUUCCUGUUGUAAUGCUUCCUGUUGCAAUUGUUGUUGGAGUGGCUGGUUAUACAAUUGAGCGAAAGUUUAGAAAACAGAAAGUCAUAACACGUCCUAAGACGGUAGCAGAGGAGAGAGAAGAGAGGAUGUUAAAAGAAUUAGCUGGAGAACAAUCUCAAAAACUGCAGCAACCAAGUGUUUUAGAAUGGCAGGCUGGUCGAGGACUGACUGAACGAGAGAGAUUACGUGGAGACCAAUCAACUGAAUGACACGUUUCUUCAGCAGCAAUUGCAGAAUUUCUUAAUUAAAAGACGUAGAGACCAGACUUUUCAAGAAGCUGCACUGACCACAUUCACAUUGUCAUCUGUGAUAGUUAGAACUGUUUCUCUGUCAUGUUAGUGAAUAUGUGGAGAAAAAUAUGUUUAAGCUUAAUGGAAUUGUUAUGAUUAA